GCUACUACSGAUCCCCUAUGAGUGAGGCUUUGAUGUUCKCACAGACGGGCUCUUUACCAGUGUGUUCCGCUGCUAUAGGCUGCGCAUGAAUGGCAUUCGCUAUUGGUGCUUGUGCGUACAUAUAGAGGAGCGCUGGCGCGGGAUAAGGGUUGGCGCCUGAGGUUCAUAUUUUCAACUUUUUAAGGAAUUAAAUAUCAGUCAACCCGGCUGUAAAUUUCGCUCGGACAUGAUGGAUUUAUGACAAACAGCAUGCUUUUUCUGAUGGAGUUGGAUUGACGAUUGACUAAUUUGAGCGUCCAUGCGUGUUAUAUUUUUAGAUAUGUGUUUUAUCCCUUAUUCUAGAGCUGAUGUUGUAGGACAAGUUUCGGACACCAAAAUGUGUUUAUUUUUUAUUUUGAUAUUAUCAACUUUAGAAAUCUGUCAGUCGCUGGCCCCUCGGAACGUUUAUACAAAUCACUGGGCAGUGCGUAUUGCAGGGGGACAAGAAGAAGCGGAUAAACUAGCUGUUAAAUAUGGUUAUAAUAAUUAUGGACAGAUCGGGAGUCUGGAGGACCAUUACCAUUUCCACCACAGCAGAGUGGUGCGCAGAGCAGCUUUCUCCACUAGGGGCGCUCACUCCUUCAUCCAGAUGGACCCAAAGGUUGACUGGGUCCAACAGCAGCUGGUGAAGCAGAGAGUAAAGAGAUACAUCCAAAGGGACACCAGAAGCCCUGACCCCAACUUCGUCCACUUCAACGACCCCAAAUGGUCCAACAUGUGGUAUAUUCACUGUACGGACAAGAACAAUCGCUGUCGGUCAGAGAUGAACAUUCUGGCAGCGUGGCAGAGAGGCUACACGGGCAAGAACGUGGUGGUCACCAUCCUGGACGACGGCAUCGAGAGGAACCACCCUGACCUGGCACAGAACUAUGACCAGCUGGCGAGUUAUGAUGUCAACGGGAACGACCAUGAUCCAACUCCUCGUUAUGAUUCUAGCAACGAGAACAAACAUGGGACGCGGUGUGCGGGUGAGGUUGCAGCUGUGGCUAAUAACUCCCACUGCAUUGUGGGAAUUGCAUACAACGCACGCAUUGGAGGUAUUCGUAUGCUGGAUGGUGAUGUGACAGAUGUAGUAGAGGCUAAGUCCCUCGGUAUCAGACCUGACUACAUAGACAUCUACAGUGCCAGCUGGGGGCCUGACGACGAUGGAAAGACUGUGGACGGACCAGGGCCUCUGGCCAAACAGGCCUUYGAGAUGGGCAUCAAAAAGGGCAGGAAGGGUCUGGGAUCCAUCUUUGUUUGGGCGUCGGGGAACGGCGGUCGCCAGGGUGACCACUGUUCGUGUGACGGCUACACCAACAGCAUCUACACCAUCUCCAUCUCCAGCACCACAGAGAACGGCAACAAGCCCUGGUACCUGGAGGUCUGCUCCUCCACACUGGCCACCACCUACAGCAGCGGGGAGUUCUAUGACAGGAAGAUAAGGGACAGUGACAACUCCACCGUAUGGGCCUCGGCAGAGACCAAGACCCAGUACAACUCCGUAUGGGCUCGCAGAGACCAGUACAACAACUCCCGUAUGGGCUCGGAGAGGACCAGUUACAACUCCCGUAUGGGCUCGGCAGAGGACCAGUACAACUCCCGUAUUGGGCUCGGGAGAGACCAUGUACAACUCCCGUAUGGGCUCGGGAGAGACCAGUACAAACUGCCCGUAUGGCUCGGCAGAGACAGUACAACUCCCGUAUGGGCUGCCGGCAGAAGUAUCCAGUACAACUCGCUAUGGGCUCGCGAGAGACCAGUACAACUCUAG